UGGGCCGCUGCCUGCUGCGGGGAUGCUGGUGGCGGCUCGUUGCGUCCUUCUUCAGGGGUUGGGGCCCAGGAGGUGGCAGCCGCUGCCGGGAAAAGCGCAGGACGGAGCCACUUGGACUUCCGCGGGGUUGUCGCCGGCCUCAUUCGGUCAGGAAUCAAUGGAGCGGUGAGCAAGCUGAAAGCACUCCAGAGCUCCAAGCACCUUCACAAUGAAUCUAGCUCGACUUUUCUGUCGUCACAAAACAGCCCUUGGUAUUGCCACUCUAUCCUUGUUUGCACUGAUGUUACUUUACUUGGCUAAAUGCACCUCAGAGACAUUGAAAUCUCCAGGCUUACCACAUGGCGUGGAAAGGCGAGCAAACGAUCAGGGUCACAGCAGAAGCAAAGGUCUCUCUGCCUUUCUCGUGCUGCUGAUCACCACAGGCCCAAAGUAUACUGAGAGGAGGAGCAUCAUCAGGAGCACGUGGCUAGCCAAUCGGGACCCAGAAAUACUCCCUUUCUUUGCCAUCGGCACUAGUGGGCUUGCACCAGAGGAAGUUCAAAACCUGGAGCAGGAAGAUGGUCGGCAUCAUGAUCUACUGCUACUCCCAGACUUGAAGGACUCCUACGAGAACCUUACCAAUAAGAUUCUCCACAUGUAUGCAUGGGUGGACCAAAAUGUGGAUUUUAAGUUUGUCUUGAAAGCAGAUGAUGACACUUUUGCUAGGUUGGAUAUCAUUAAAGAAGAACUGAAGGCAAAGGAGCCUAAGAAACUCUACUGGGGUUUCUUCUCUGGACGAGGAAGAGUUAAGUCCACUGGAAAAUGGAGAGAGAGCAAUUGGGUACUGUGUGACUAUUAUUUGCCUUAUGCUCUCGGGGGUGGGUAUGUUCUAUCUGCCGACUUGGUGCACUACAUUCGAAUUAACAUUGAUUAUUUGAAGGUAUGGCAGAGCGAGGAUGUGUCUUUGGGUACUUGGCUGGCGCCAGUUGAUGUCAAACGCCUGCAUGACCCACGGUUUGACACAGAGUACAAAUCACGUGGCUGCAACAACAAGUACAUUGUGACGCACAAGCAAAGUAUUGAGGAUAUGCUGGAGAAACAGCAGACACUCCAAAGGGAAGGAAAACUGUGCAAAGAAGAGGUAAAAGUGAGGCUCUCGUAUAUUUAUGAUUGGUAUGUCCCACCAUCCCAGUGCUGCCAGCGAAAAGAUGGCAUACCCUGAUGAACAACUUGGCCCUGACAAGGAGGAGUCAGCGAGACCUGUUCAGAAAAUUCAGAAUGAUGGAGUGGAUGUCAACGCAGGAAAUUUCUCUUAAAAAGGGACUCCAUCACUUCUCAGUACUUUGGGAGCACAUUGGUCUUGAUUGCAAGUCUGGGAUUUGCACUUGAAUAAGUGUUUUCUUCCAAAAAGCAUAAAAUUGCUGUUCUUCCUGAUCAGAGUUGAGAAUAGCACAUUGUAGUGCCAAGGAUUUGGUCCAUGUCUAACUAUCUUCAUAGACGAGAUUUGCAUUUGCUCAAUUUCUGGGUGCAAAAGGUGUCCAGAAGAACACUCAGUAUUUGUAAAUUGAACCAGUGACUACAGAGAGGUCCAUGGGUCCUAUUGUACUUGUAUUUAAUUGCACAAGAGUCUAAAGCUCUGGAAUUUGUCUAAUUCAACAGUAAAUGUUAAUAUAUUUGUGUGUAUGCAUAUGCAUCUAUAUGCUUAUUAAUAGUUUCUUCGGGUAAAAGCCUUUGGCUUGACCCUGAGCCUUGAAUUUUGUCAAUUUCUUCUGGUCCAUUUAUUGUAAGUUUGAAUUCUCCCUUUUCUGACAGUAAAAUUUGCUAAAAGUAAGAUUGAUUUUUAGCUCAGAAAGCAACACAUUGUUUGUUUUUUAAAAAAAAAACUAGAGCCAGGGAUAACUUGCAUUAAAAUGUUACGAUACGGGAAAUAUUAUCAACAUGUCCAACUAAAUUUGCAUGACAAAUGCAUUUUCUUGAAUGUUGCUGUUGCAUGAUCUGCUGGCAUUGUUCAGUUUUACUCUUUGACCAACUGCGGAAUUGAUUCAUCUUUAAACUGCAGCUCUGCUGGACUUGGGGAUUUGGUGGUGGCGGGGGGUGCGCAAUGGUUUGCAGUUUUUGAGAUUUCACUCUCCCGUAGAGUGUACUCAAUUCUCUGGAAAUGCAGGAAUCCACAGUAAGAAUCCUAUUGUGUAGGGUUUGUGCUGUGCUGGUUUUCGUUGCAGGGAAUCAUAAAAUUCAGAAGACUCAAUAGUUUGGGUAAUUAUGGAAGUAUUAUUGUCAAGUAGCAUUUUGGGAAAAUUUUGAUGCAAAUAUUAAACAGGCUUGCUGAAUUCUGAAAAUUAAGUUACUCCUAAGUUUUGGGGAUGUAUUUUCCUGCUGUUACUAGGGUAAGCUUAAAAUAUUUUGGACAUUUUGCGAUUCCACAUGUGUGCUUGCGUAUGGCCAAAAAUAUUUGUAAUAGGAAAAGAGAUUGAAUAAUAACAGCAGAGAACACAUGAAAAGAUAGCAACAAUUUUCAAAAGCUAAGCACUUGUAUAAUUUCUGUGUGGGUGCUAAAUGAUUUUUCAAAACUGUUGCUGUCUCUCAGCAUUUGGUAGGGUGCAUCAGUUUGAUGCAGGCUGAACUGAGUAUUUUUUUAUGACUGCUGGCAAUGUCCAAAGAUUGAAGCGUACUUUUCUUUCAGUAACACCUUUUACUGUUACCUAAUCAAAGAGCAUGUCCAAGUUGUAGUCCAUUGACUGGUGCAAUUGGAAUUGUGAGUCCAAUGCAGCAGAUGACCAAGGAGCCACAGCACAAAACCAGCACCAAUUGAAAGUAAGAUCUGGUAAGUUGCCCUUUCAUUAGGCAGUGGGUAAACCGAUGUGAACAUGCUCCCUGUGAAGGCCUAAACUGAGUUUACAUGUAGUGCAGAACUCUAAUUGGUGAUCAUUUCAAAAACAGCUAGUUAUUUUGUUGAAAGAUGGGUGGCAACACUAUUUUGGAGUUUUUUUUAUUCUGAUCCCCAAUUUUGAUCCAGAACCAUCUAAUGAUUUUUAAACUAUUUUGAUAAAAUUUCUUGGAGUAAAUAAGGUAUUUAUUAAUUAGUGGGAAUGGAAUGAAAAUGGCUAGGUUCAAGGGGAAAGGUUUUCCUUCAGAACAAAAAUGGUUCUCACUAGGAGAAACGACAUGGGAACUUGUGGUAUAGUGUGUUUUACAAACCUUGAUGGAAGCAUUUUCCUUGAAUGUAGACCUUGGUUUUUAAAAUUAAGGUUAAUAUUUGCUCUCAAUGUGUUUUUGCUCCUCCAAGGAGGUUUUGUAAAUCUGGACCCAGUUCUCACUAUUCAGGCUUUUGAAAAUAUUAAAGUAUGUACCAAUUUACCUUGUACACGCAGUCUUGAGCCAGUCAGUGUACAAUAUACCUCCCAUGUGGAGCUGUCAUCCACUGUGCUAUUAGUUUGAAAUUUCUUCUUGCUGUAAAAUAGAGUAAACUAUAGGAGUGAUAAAAUUAAAUGUAACUAUUUAUUUUCUGUGAAACCUGCAAAUCAUUUUGUAAUUAAAAUGCUGGUUAAUUGUGCUUGAUAAAACCUUCCAUCCAGAAUGACAAUGAGAGAAAUAACACCUUUGCUAGUUAUCACCUUGUAUUAAGCUUGCUGUGGAUGUUUACCUUAUUGGGCAUUACCUUUCUUUAAUGCCUCUGACAUUUCAGCAGAAAUUGCCAAUAGAGCUAUUUCCCUUGUAAACACACCUCCAUUCAGUGGAGGCUUUCAUAUUUCAGCAGCGUCGCAGCAUCACUGAUGCACUGUAGGGGAUGAUGACUUGCUGGAGACAAUGCCAAGAUGUACACCAUCACUGUACCUUCCACCUGGAAUCUCAGCAGAAAGGGAACAAUGGGCAAAUGAUGUGUUGUGCUUGAAUGCUUCCAUAUAUGGAUUGUGAUAGAGAUUUUGCAUCAAAGAACGCUGAGCUGAAAACUGAUCUCUUGACAGAUUUGUUGUGCAUGAAUGAGCUGUUGGAAUUGGAACUCUUAUUUCAGCUGGAUUCAGUUUAAAAACUGUUAACCUUGCCUCUGUGCAUGAGUUCUUGCUGUCUGCUGAAAAUGCACAUUUCCAUUUUCAAUUAAUUGAAAAACCAGUACUUGAAGUUUUCCACAAUACCUGGGACAUUUUCUAUGUCUAUUGUAGAGUUGUAGUAAUGCAUUUGAAUUUUCAAUGUAGUAAAAGUAUAGAAGGUUAAUGGUGCAUACCAAUAUUUAACAUCUAAUGGUACCACAAUUUGUGUAUGCAUUUCAAUACAAGGAAGGUAAUAAAUGCAUUUUUUUAAAUAUCCUUCUACACUAUUAGUAUUGUUCAUUAAUUAAAGUCAGUGGUUCUGAACUGAUUGAAAGUCCCAUUUAUUAACACUUGAUAAAAUGCUCCUCGCCCCAUUAAUGACUGACAAGGGGACAGAAUGCUUAAUUGUCAGAGUUAGGGCAGCUUGUGGAUUGUCAGGAACUGGUAGCAGAACUUGCAGUCAGGGCAGCUAAUGUGCAUUUUUUUUUUUGCUUGAAGAUCAAACUAGAUGCUGCAUAAAGAAAUCAUGGAAAAGGAAGUUUUAAACCAGAAGCAUGAUCUUUUUCUCAGGUUGGGAACUAAUGAGUUUUAAAUCUGAGGUGUACUGUGUGAUAUACAAUGAACUGAUGCAGUUCCCAAACCUCAGAAAUUAGUUACUUGUUACAUAUAUAAGGAAAUACAACUGGACAUACUUCUAAGUUUAAAAAUCCCAUAAUUAUCUGUAUCUUUGUAUUUCUUUAUUGUUCAUGCAGUUUAUGAAGUCCUAUCCAAGUUCUAAUUUUGACUCUAACAUGUAAUACCUUUUGUAUUCAAUUUCUUUUAUCUAUUAUUUAGAUUUCACCCACAUGCCCCUUCCCCAAAUCUAUUGAAUACUGCUGAGUUUCAUGCCCUUCUGGGCUGUCAGCAUGUUGCUCUUGCUGCUGUACACAUCACUCUGUAUGGGAUAGAAUAGAGUAGGUGGUCUGCCUGUGACCAGUAGUCAGCCGAAACUGUACCAACUUGCUGUGCCCUGCCCUGGUUAGUUCCCUGUACUCUGGUCACUGUACUUGGGAUGCAGCGUGAAGUAAAUCUGAUUUAAAGCAAAUUCUAUAGGUGUAUUAAUGUAUUAUGCAGUGACUUUUAAUGAACAAAUUUAAAAUAUCAUGCGUUGUCUGUUGGAAAAUGUGACGAUGUUUAAAUGUAUGGUGAUCAGUAAUUAAAACAUAUACACUAUGA